UAAGUAUCGCGCUAGCGCAAUCCAACCAACAAAGUAACUACAGAUUUGCAAUUGUUUUCAAGAUCUUUCUGCAAUCAUUUUGAAUUAAUCUAACUUUUUGAAUCCUUGCUUUGAAUAUCAGGUACAGAUUAUAUGAAGUUCGUAGUUAAUGCAACGCAGCUUCCUCUGGAGGACACAUACGACUACAUAAUAGUCGGCGGCGGCACCGCCGGUUGCCCACUGGCAGCGACGUUAUCAAAAACCUACCGUGUUCUUCUUCUUGAAAGAGGCGGUCUUCCUUUCGCGAACGCUAACCUCAUGACUCGUGAGGGUUUCCUCCCUACACUCACUAACUUUGAUCAAUUUGACUCUCCUGCUCAGGCGUUCACUUCCGAGGACGGCGUCCCCAACGCCCGUGGCCGCGUUCUUGGCGGCAGCAGCGCCAUUAAUGCCGGAUUUUACAGCCGAGCAGAUGAAGAUUUCUACAAAAGAUCCGGGAUCAAUUGGGAUACGCAUGUGGUGCAGCGAUCUUACGAAUGGGUUGAGAAAGCUAUCGUGUUCCAUCCGCAGUUACAGACAUGGCAAACAGCCAUCCGUGACGGAUUAAUUGAAUCCGGUAUCGAACCUUAUAAUGGUUAUACUUUAAAUCACACUUUAGGUACCAAGAUUGGUGGCUCGACGUUUGACAGCUCCGGCCAUCGACACAGCGCCGCUGAUCUUUUAAACAUGGCUAAUUCAUCCAAUAUCAAGGUGGCGAUCUAUGCCACCGUGGAGAGGGUUUUGUUCGCUCCUUCAUAUUCUUUGUUGUCCAGACAGAAUGCUAUAGGAGUUGUGUUUCAUGAUCUGAUCGGCGGCUAUCAUCAUGCAAUGUUACGGAAUAACGGAGAGGUCAUUCUCUGCACCGGCGCCAUUGGCAGCCCGCAGCUGCUUCUCCUGAGCGGCAUUGGCCCACGCCCUUAUCUUUCUUCUUGGGGGAUACCCGUCGUACGUCAUUCUCCAUACGUCGGAAAUUAUAUGUAUGAUAAUCCACGCAACGGAAUAUCGAUCGUGUCGCCGGUUCCACUGGAGCAAUCUCUCAUACAGGUUGUGGGCAUCACCGAUUCCGGUGCUUAUGUUGAAGCAGCAUCCAAUGUUCUCCCUUUUUCUUCACCUGCAUACUCCGUUUUCCUCCGACCGACUUCUUCCCCCUUGUAUCUUACUGUUGCUAGCAUCAUGGAGAAGAUUAUCGGACCACACUCUUCUGGGACACUUCGAUUGGCGUCCACAGACGUGAGAACCAACCCUAUUGUGCGAUUUAACUACUUCAGUAAUCCGGUGGAUCUAGAAAGAUGUGUGAACGGAACUCGAAAGAUCGGAGCCUUGCUUAGAAGCCGAGCCAUGGAUGAUUUCAAGUUCUGGGAAUGGUCCGGUACGGAUUUCAGAUUUGUGGGUCCUGCAUUGCCGAUUGACCAAUCGAGUAACAUUCUGAUGCGUGACUUCUGUCGCCGGACUGUGAGCACAAUAUGGCAUUACCACGGCGGAUGCGUCGUCGGAAGAGUGGUGGAUCACAAUUUGAGGGUCGCCGGCGUUCAUUCUCUUCGCGUGGUGGAUGGUUCCACUUUUACAGUCUCACCGGGGACCAAUCCACAGGCUACUGUGUUGAUGCUUGGCAGGUAAUUUGAGUAAUUUCUCUUUUAGCGAUCUUCAAGGUUUCUUUGCGUUGAAUUUGUGUGACGAUUGUUG